AAGAGUUGAGCGGUCUUGGAAUAAAGUGAAAAUCUGAUAAGGAAACUGCAGCCUGGUGAAAAUAAAAUCGUUAGCAGAGCUUCAUUUUAAUCAUUAGUUAUUGAACAGCCGAGCAAAGAUGACUCUAAAGUGGCUGAUACUAUUUCUGUGCCUAUUCGUGAAGUUUUCCUCGGGGGAGCCGAAAGAAUUAAGGUGCAAACUUGAACGAUCGAAGAUUUGUCUCUUGGAAAAUCUAAGCUGGACCGGUCCUCUAGGACCAAAACUGCCCAAUUUAUCGUCGAAGCAUACGCUGAUUGUUAAUUCUGGAAGUGUGAGCAAUUUUUCCGAAGUUCUUGUUAAUCAAUUGGGAAAUAUAAUUAAGCUGCAACUUGGGCAACUGGACAUACGUACGAUUUAUAUUUCUCCCAAAUGGGUGUCGUUGAAGGCAGAGUCAAAUCAAAUAUUCGAGUUGAUGAUAGAAGAUCUCCCUCGGCCAGUCGAUGGAGACGAUUAUUCAAAGAGUUUCGAAAACAUAAGUUCUUCCGAGCCUGAACAGGAGGAGUUUAGGAUCAAUACAGAAGUUUCAGUGGCAGAUGAACCAGUUUCUAGGCCCAUCAAUAAUCUACGGCUUUUGAACCUUAAGAAUAACAAAUUAAAAUCAAUAAACAAACUUAAGUUUUUGUACCAAUUGGAGGAGCUUAUUUUGGACGGCAACCAGAUUGAGUAUUUUGAAAUGGACACGUUUGGUAACAUGCAAAUGUUGAAGAAAGUUUCACUUAAAAAGAAUAAAAUAAACCAAAUCACAACUGAGAAACAAAUAUAUCUACCAGCAUUGGAACACUUGUCGUUAGCUUACAAUGAGUUGAAAAAAUUGGAUGUGGAAAAAUGGACUAUGCUGCAACUGGCUAACCUGGACUUGAGUCAUAACCAUCUGAACCAAAUGGACGUGAAAACUCUUGAUCAAUUCGUAAGUUUGGAGAAACUGGCUAUGGACAAGAACUCAUGGCAUUGCACAUGGCUGGAUAGUGCCGUAAAAAACAUCGAACGGAACAAUGUGCAGCUGGAGUACUACAACGAGCCAUGCCCGGAUAAACAGUCCAAACUGAAAGGCCUAUGUUGUAGUUACGCACAACCAGUCGAAGAUGAAUCGCUCAGUGCCCUCGACAGAAUCAAACGUAUUGAGGAUGCACACAGCAAUCUGAAGACUGAUCUGAACGAGAAGGUGAAUACAUUCCAAAACACAUGGACCGAAAAUUGGAAGGCUUUACAUCAGCAGGCUGAGGAAAAACUGAAACCCUACAAGGAACUGGAAUCCAGAAUGCAGAAAGAUGACAACAAUAAAGCCAAGCAGGCUGGCGAGAACCUUGAGAGAUUGAUCAAUGAUUGUAAACGUUUGAUCGAUGAACUCCAAACAAUCAAUCAAAAGAAUAAGGAAUAUAGCCAGAGGUUCACCAAUUUAUUCUAUACAACACUUGCAGAGAAAAAUAAACUUAUUCAGGAGAUGUCCACGGCAGCGAAACUGCAGGAGGAGAUGAAAAAGUAUGAAGUCAGCUUCAAUGCGAAUAACUGAAUAAAAAGAUAUGCAGUUUAUUGCUUCAUUCUAUGAAAGUUGCAUAAACAUGGAUUGGUCAAAACAAUAAAACAAUAUGAAAUAAAUACUUUGGGAUUAAAACGGGUGUCUUCACGGGUUUUCCAUAAAACCAAAUUUUCGUCAAAAACGUCAAAAACUCCUCGAAAAAGGUGAAGUAAAAUUUAAAAAAAUUCUCGCAAAAAUAAUAAUAAAUUUCCGCAAAUAUUUCCUCGCAGAAUUUAAAAUAAAGUUUCACUUUGAAUACAAACAGGGGCAGCGCAGAAAAAUCAAAAAUUUCUGUGACGCAAAUUUAGAAAACCUUUUUUUUAACAUUUCAUUUAUUUGCUCAGUCGUGUGUGUGACCCUUUGCUGAGCCGCAAUUCUUAAUCAGGAUGUUUUACAGUUGAUAGUAUCUUACCAUUUGCAGUUACUAAGGGGAGGGCAUUGAUUUGGUGAUAUGUCAACCUUUCUUUCAUUAGUAAUACAAAUACAUUUGUUGGUAAUGACAUAAA